CUAGUCGUACAUGCCCUUGUUCUCAAAUGCCUCACACGCCGCAUCCACCAUGCUGUUCAGCGCUGCCGCCGCAGCUGAUGGCCGUCGAUUGCUAUCGCUGUCGUCGCUGUCGUCGUUGUCGGUGUCGUCUGGUAGGGCAAGCUGCUGCUCCUCACCGUUCAGACGCAUCUCACCCAGGACGGCCGCCUCACUGGUCCCGGCAGCAGCAUCAGCAGCCGAAGUGCUGGCUGUCGGUGGCUGCUGAUGGGCAACAGGCGGGUGCUUUGCAGGCGGGUCCUCGUCGUAUCGCAGAUUAUAGGCGACGUCAACACUCUCCUUUAGCCACCGCAUGCGGCUCCAGAAGGAUGACGAGAGGGUCUGCAGCAUCACAGCAUCACUCACAGAUGCAGAAAGUAGGAGACAUGAUGCGUCGACUAGACACAUGUUCAUACCUGCUGUUCCAAGUCCGCCGCGUUGGGUGCAUCUUGGAACAGGAUGGGCAACUCCGCAUGUAGCACUGAUACGGUGGUUGUCAGGCUUUUCAUAUGGAGCAGGGCACUCGAGCGGCGUCCUUGACACAAAAACACACGUAGAUUAUGCCCUUGUGUUCUGUGUUGCCUGGCGUACCCAUCUCCUCGAGCGGGAAGAGGCUCUUCAUCUGGCCCAUGUCGUCCAGCUCCACCUGUGUGGGCGCCUCACGGGAGAUCUCAGCCAGGUCGGGAGACCUUCUUAGGGCAUCCAAGCCGAUGACACUCGCCCCACACGCCACCCGGAUGUAGAUGGAGAUGCCUUCCGGUGGCUCCUCUUCCAUCAUCGCCUCUCUCAGCUGGUCGUCGUAUCGAUCAGAGCACACAAGACGCCAAGCUCCCUGUCGUCGUGUCUCGCCAUUCGUGGUGCUCACCUCCGCCAUGCAGGCACAUCCCGAAGCCCAACCUCAGCGUGCUCUUGCCCCGGCUGAAGUCGUUGAUGCGCACGACAAUCGACCCGAACAGCAGGUGCAGGCACUGCGCACAUCGGCCCCGCACAAUGCCCUUCGCCCGGUGUAGGUCUUUAGACCGGUGCAGAUGUCCAGGGCCUUGACGCUUUGCUGUGGGAGCGGCGAAAAGAGGGCGGGCGUCAGCUCCAGGAUGGGCACAUACAGGCGAAUGCUGGCGGCACGGAUGCGUUUCCAGAUGUCCGCAGGGGCAGAGUAGGUGCGGGGCAUUGGCUGGAGGGGCAUCUUGAGCUUGAGGAGUGAUGGCAGAUGCAGGCACCAACCUGAGGGGAAAAAGACAGUCAGCUAGUGUAUUGCUUAUGUCUCCCACUCACCCCAUGAUAUCGUCGCGGCCCUUCAGCG